AUGGGGAGGCUUUUUACCCAUUCAAUAUUUUGUUGUGACUGCACACUAUGUGGUAUCAAGCUUGACAACUUGAACCCCCACGACCUUGACGAUGAAAUCUAUGCUGAGUCACCCCCUCGUUGGUAUCCAGAGUUAUGGAAACAGGACAAUGUCGUGCUGUCGGGCACGUGCUACUGGAAGCGUCUAGAUCCUUUCAAGAUCUUAUCUGUUGAUACGAUCGGUUGCGAUCCGGUCGAUGAUCAGACUGACGAGAAAGGAUCGUACAGGACAGUUGUGUUGAAGCAUGUAAGCCCAUAUGCUGGUUUCAUUAUACCACAACUUCCAAACUGGUAUUGUUCGGCUCGUGACCGCGACCUCUACUUUAUCGCACUGCAUGCUCCUUGCUUACGUAUUGCUAAACUCGUUAUGACACUAUCUCGAGAUGCACAUCUCGGCACAGUGGGCGACCUAUGGCUCACGCUUGAGCGGCGUUCUGAAAAUGUAUUCAACCUUCAGAACAAGAAAGGAGAAUGCAGAAUUGAACCGCCGUUCAUCCCCGGCAUUCCCGAGGAUCCUCCCGAACGCCGCCCGAAGACAGGACCGGUCAGAAUCGGGCUCAGUCGGUAUUUUGUUGAUGCGGAUCGUGUUCUUGGAGCAGUAGAUGAUGAGGAUUGGGAGGAAGAAUGCCAUGGUCCACGCCUUACAGAUCGCUGGUGGAAUGAUGAUCCAGAAUACAUCCCUGGCCUAACAAAUUCCCUUCUCUCAAAUCUUGACGAAUACCUACCAAGUCGACACCCCCUGCCCAGUUUCAGAGAUCGCUUCGAAGUCUUACCUCAAGAGAUCAAAGAUCGAAUACUAUACUUCCUGCCAAGUAAACUUCCUUUGGCAUCCACAUACCUGCUGGAUCAAUCCUACUGGUACACUGUGUUCUUGCAGGUUCCAUUCCUUUGGGACCUCGAUCUCGCUAUGGUACAGGCGAAACUCGGUGGGAAUACGACCGAUGGCCAAAACAUUGCCAAACAGUAUAAUUGGGAGAAGCUCACGCGGCAGGUUCUUACACCAAUGGAUGUAGUCGAUCCAGAUGUACAGCCACCGUUACCUGGCUCAUAUGCCCGGGUUGGGUUGAUGGUUCCGCAUGGCUUUCAGAAUCGACGGCGUAUCUGGCAGAUUGUUGAAGAGAUGUAUCCAAAUGACGUCCGCAUGGAUGAAAAUUAG